CUAUGAGCCCACCGAAAAAAAUGAAAAGAUCCAACUCCAAUUCCAACCAUCAUCAGUCGUCGACUAGCACAGCAUCAAAAACAAAGAAAGAAGGAAGGAAGGAAGGAAGGAAAGAAAGAAAGAAAGAAAAUGGCAUGGAGAGGACAACUCUCUCGCAAUCUUAAAGAGCUUCGGAUUCUGCUCUGCCAAUCAUCGCCUUCAAGUUCAUCUGCUAGAGCAUUCGUGGAGAAUAAUUACAAGGACCUCAAGUCUCUCAACCCUAAACUCCCCAUUCUUAUCCGUGAGUGCAAUGGGAUCCAGCCUCAGUUAUGGGCUAGAUUUGAUAUGGGUGUUGAGAGGGGCAUUCGGUUGGAAGGUUUAUCUGAGGUACAGAUUUCGAAGGCCCUAGAAGACCUUGUGAAAGUGGGGACAGCACUUAAAGCUUGAUAUUGUUGCUGUUCAGAUGUAAGGAUUGGAAUAAAUUAAUCUGCGGGAAAUGUACUUUGCAAUUGCUUUUUGAGCGGCUGAUGCUCAAUAUUAUCUUUUAUAUUUUCAUUUUUCUUUUCCUAUAACCAGCAUGGCCUGCCAAUUUAUCCAGCCUUGAACAUAUUGAAUAUGUGAUAGUGCGUGACCAAUUCUGGAUAGUUA